CUACCCAUCAGUCCCGCACACCGUCAACCGUUGCCGUCGGUGUGCAGAUACCUUCCCCUCCAACGCAACCGACCCAAACGAUCCUUUCGGGCUCCACGAGACCUACCCAGCAUCAUCAAGAAUCGCAGGUAGAUGAAGAAAUGUUAGGUCUCGUAGUUGACGGUAAACCGCUCGGCAAUGGGUCCGAUGAUCCGCUGCACGACGAUGAGGAUGAUCUAGAUGAUCCGAACGUGGAUUCGCCGGGUCUUUCGGCUUCGCCACCACCGGCACCACCACCACUUCCACCGCCCGUACGGAACGGAUGUCAGCGGUGUCGGUUCUCGAUGGCUUCCGCAAACUCGACACUAAACCGUUCCCAUCCACAUCUGGCCAGCGGUACGGGUACGCUCGGGUCCGGAUCGAUUGGAGGCGGUGGCACACUGCCACGCACACAUCGCGGUACUACGAACGGGGGUACACUGGAGCGCAACCAUAUGGCUGCCAGUUCGGGCCAUCUGCAUACGGCGGGAGGCGUUACGGCAACGGUCGCAUCCGCUGGUACAGGGAAUGGCACGUAUCCUGGAUACGAUCGUAAUCGAUUGCUAGAUGAGGAGGAUUCAGCAUAUCCGGCACUGCUGGAACGUGAGCUUCAUUCGCUGCAUCGGAAUGUUCCUGCGUUACGGCGAGCUGGCGUCGAUACGACCGCAAUCCGACAGCACUUCUAUCCGGACGGUGGCUGGGGAUGGAUCGUGUGUGGAGUCGCAUUUUUGGCCCACGUCCUGACCACCGGAUUCCAGCUGUCGUACGGAUUGCUACUGCUGUACGCGAUACGCCAUCUGGGUCACGAGGUGAAUACCGAAGCAGGAUGGCUCGGUCCUGCCAGCUGGGCCAUGUCGCUGUUUUCGGCCACGAUAGUUGUGGCGCUUUGCCGUCGAAAGUCCACCCGUUUGACAGCGGUGCUUGGUGGGUUGGUGCUUGCGCUCGGCAUCCUGUUCACAUCGUUCGCCACCCAGCUGCAUCAGGUAGCGUUUAGCUAUGGCGUCAUCGUAGGCAUCGGGUCGGCCAUGGUACGGGAGUCGGCCGCCGUUAUGCUGGGCCAUUAUUUCAAACGGCGGAGACAAUUUGUCGAAAUGAUCACCAUGUCCGGUGAGGGUGUCGGUGUAGCACUGUUUUCCGUCAUCCUUAAGGAAGGCGUUGGGAAAAUGGGUUGGCGCCUGGGGCUGCAAGCGGUCACAGGGCUGGUAUCGUUCAGCUUCUUCAUGGGAUUGCUGUACCGGCCGGCAUCACUCUAUCAUCCCCAGCGGCGUGCGAUACUACACUUGAAAAACCAAAGGAAAAAGGUGAAGGAAAAGAAAACUCACGUCCGUACACCGAAGCCACCGUUCCUUGAUUUUACGCCCCUAAAAUCUUCCUCGGUGCGGAUGCUGUCAAUAUCGGCAUCAGUGGCCGCACUAGGCAUCUAUUCGCCGAUAUUUUUCCUGUCCCUGCAUGGGUUUAGCGAAGGGUACGAUAUGCAGGACUUGGUGCUGCUCCAAACCUUUCUCGGACUGUCGAUAGCGUUAGGUAUAGUGUUUAGUGGAUCAUCGAUCAACAAGACGCUGGAAAUUUCCUUCCGGAAGGUUCAGAUAUCGCGUCAAUAUGUUUGUCAGGGCUGUGUUACGUUAGUGUCAGUAUCGUUGUUAGUAUUAUCGGCCGUUGCCGAUUACCGGGGCCUCUGCUUCUCCGCAUGGGCGUACGGGCUCGGUCUCGGCGGCUACCGUUACACCUUGAAGAUGCUUGCGAUCGAACGCAUCCGGGGCAAGUACUUUUCCAAGGCGUGGGGUUUCAUCAAGGGUGCCGAAUCGUUGCCGGUGCUGUUCGGGGUGCCACUGUGCGCCUUUCUGAACGAUUCUUCGCACCGGUACGGUCGGGCGGGCUACUACAUAUGUGCCGCCAGUGCGGCCAUUUCGGCAAUUAUUCUGUUCUUCGUGGGAUACCCGGACGGGCGUAAUAUGAAAUACUCCACCAAUGGUUCUAUCACAUCGCGCUGCACCGCACCAACCUCAUCGAGCGACUGUCAGCACAUCCUAGAUCGAAGCUUUUCCUCCCAGCGCUACAACAACCCACAGUGGUACGGUACGAACACGCACGCGACCAACCUCUCGAACGGUUGUCACGGUUCCGGUACCUACCCCGGUGGGACCGGCCUACAGCGCUGCCUGUCCACGAGUCAAUUCAUGAACGGUGGGCUUAAUCUCUCCUCGGGCGGAAUUGGACCGAACACGUCAGCGACCACUACAACGGCCGGCCCAGGUGCACGUCUGCUCGGCAACAGUCAAUCUCUUGAUAAUCCGGCUAGUGGACAGGCGGGGUUCAGCUACCACAGCCCGUUCUGUGGCCAGUCCGCCGGUCAACCGCACGGUCGCCUACACAAGAGCCUAUCGUUCGCGUUCCAGACACCGAUGUUCAGCGAUGAUCCGAUACAUCACACUUGCCAGCAGGCGUCCGGCUAUGCGGCCGAUUACCCACCGCCAAGCCGAUGCUACUCCAGGUGUGAACUACACAAUCCAUCCCAGACCGCACCGAUCACCGUUCAUCGGGAUACGCUCAACCGGCAGCAGAGUUUUCGCGCCUCGAGCCGUGGACAGACACCGCGCCACACGGGUCACGUGAGUUCCCGAGGCCAGCAACCAUCAACACCGCACCAUCAUCACCAUCAUCAGUAUCACAAUGCCCACCAGCAAUCACAACAACAACAGCAACAGCAGCCCCAGCAACAUCAUCAACACCAUCACCCAUUGCCACCGUAUCCGGCGAACGGAUUGCAAUACCAUCCUUCCCGCAGUCGAAGCGUCCCCGAAGGGUUGGGCGGUGCGGGACGUGGCGGGGUGGGUGCAACACCGGGAACUGGUGGCGACUGUCACUGGAAUCACUGCCACUGGACCACCGCGAACGGAGUCAACUUCUGCCGUCCGAAUCGGCCGAUUCAGGUGGUCGAGCAGAUAACGACUUCCGUUUGACUAAAGUUUAAAAUACUCAAGUUCUUCCUGUGCAUCUCGCUGCACCUGCUGGAGGGACUGUUCUCGUAGAUGAUUUGCAGCGCGUGCAGAUACGUUUUAAUGCAAAUGGUGUAUGUUUCAUGGGCAGAGUGCGUGUCGAAAAUCCCGCAAUCAAUCAUUUCCUUGCACAAUCAGCAAACAACCGGGAAGUGUCAUCCAUCUUUGCAUCAACUAGUGUGCAUUUCUAUAUCGAUUUAGAGGUUUUGAUCGACUAGAGGGUAGUCCAUCAACGAACAGUGUUCCUUAUUAUCAUUGUUUUGUGUUCUCCCGUUUGUUAAUCACUAAAAUGAACACAAUAUAAAAUAUUUUGUUUAAUAUAAAGCGCAAAAACAAUGCGUUCUAUUAAACGAUCAAAACUGACAGCCACAUGUUGAGAGACUGACAGCAAACUGCCAGCAUGCGUACGGAAUGCAAACACGUGUUGCGAAUUUAAAUUCCACCACGUGCCAACGAUCUAGGUUAAAUAGUAAAUUUUUAUGCCAAAUCGAAUAAUAAAUCGUUUAUCUUACCCAGUUUAUUCCCGCUAUGAUGGAUCAGGUGGUUGAACGCUUUUUUUUAUUAUUAUAAAUUAUCAUUCCGCUGCAUAUUUACUCCGCAAGCAUUCUAGUGGAUGAAUAAGCAUGCAGAUGGGUUAGAAUUUUCUCCAUUUUACACACAAUCGAACAAUGCCAAUGUUUCAACACCCAGCGUACUAAUUUGUGUGAUUAAUUUGAACUGCCUGCAAAGAGUGAUACACAUACCCUGCUUAGUGUGUGAUUAUUUCAACACAAUAAAUUAUAAUUAAUGUGGUUCGUGCUUUUUUCCCUAUUCCCCUCCGUUCGGGAAACUUGUGAGGAAAACUAGGAUGGGAGGAAAAGUUGAGUUGGCAUGAAUUUCCCUUCCGAUAAGCAGAUUAUUGGCGACCCGGUGCACAAUGAGCAUCACCAUGCCUACCGUUAGCGUAAAACGAACGUUUAAAAGUGGCAAUGAAUAAUAAUAAGCACGAUAGAAUCGAUAGCAAUUUCAAAACCGAAACAUAGUCAAAAAUGGUUCCAAACACGAAGUACACACUAAUGCCCCCGAUUAGUGUACGGAACCGCGUAUAUCGCGUACGAUGGGGAACUCAAGAAUGCGUGUACUCUCGUACUCUGUGCGAUAAUUAUAAAUAUUGUGUGUUGUGUACAUGUUUUGUUUCUCUUUUUUUUUUAAUUUUAACUCUAACGUGUUUUUCUUUAAAAAGGUUUUAUUUUAUUUAUGUUCCGUAUGUUUAUGAUGUGAGUGAGAGUAGUGCAAUUGGGAAAUAUUAUUACCCCUGUUUUAAACAGCCGUUCUGUAUGUAUGUUUGUUCGGGGUGGAAGCGAAAACGUAUUAAAUAUACAGGCAAACCGCGUUGCUAGAGUUGUGAACGAGUGGAAAGGAGUAAAAUAGAGCAGUGUGGUGUAAGAGUAUUUAAAUAAAAACAGUUGAUUUUGAAGCUAAAGGACAGUAAAAUUUAAA